AUGUCGCUCAAACUCUUCUCCAACCGACCAUGCAUCCCCAACAUGCCCCCCGAGCAGGACGUCGAACUUGAAUCCCUCUCCGAUCGCUCCGACGUCUCGGAAGCAUCUGAUCUCUCCGACCAACCCGACUCGCCCCUCGUCGCACCGGUCGUGACGCAACGACAAUGGCCUCGACCGCGAUGGCUGGCUCCCGUGAAGCCCAGCACCUUGCGAGCGUCAACGGCCCUCGUGGCUCGUCGUCCUGUUGCUUCCCUCCUCCUGCUCGUCGCCGCAGCCUACGUCCUCUCGUGCGUCCUCCGGCGCGUGCCCCUGCUUGCCUCGCCGUUGCCGCCUUACACGGGACCACACGCCGUCGGAUCCGUCGAUGUUGAGGUUCCCCUGCCGACGCCGAGACUCAUCUCCCACACGACGUUCGACGCCACGGGGAAGCCCGCGUUUGAGCUCGAAUCCGUCCUCUUCACCUUCUACUAUCCCGUCGACGCCGCCGUCGGGCCAUCGCUUCCUGCCCGUCCGUGGAUGCCGAAGCCCAUCAGCCUCACGGCCGAAGGCUACGCCAAGUUCGCCCACGCCAACAUCUUCCUCAUCCGCCAGCUGUUCACUCUUGCCCUGUGGCUCAUCGUCGGCGGCAUCACCGUUCCUUCGCGAGUUGACGCUCCGCUCCUCUCCUCCCCCGAGCCUCUUCCCGUCGUGGUCUUCUCGCACGGCAUGGCGAGCUCGCGCACCGACUACACGGCCUAUCUCGGCGAGCUCGCGUCGCGAGGACACGUCGUCGCCGCCGUCGAGCACCGCGACGGGAGCUGCCCGGGCACCCUCGUCAUCGUGCCGGGGAAGCAGGACCGCCGCCUCCUUCACUUCUCCGCGACCGAGCUGCGCUCCGUGCCGCCCAUGGACGCGCAGCGGCUCAAGGCGGAGCAGCUCGCCUUCCGCGAAGCCGAGGUCUUUGAGGUCGUCCGCCUUCUCGACACCAUCAACGCCGGCAACGCCAGCGACGUCGCCGCUUCCAACUCCCGCCCCGAAGGCCGCACCCUUCACGCCUGGACCUCCCGCCUCGACCUGACCCGGCUCACCCUGGGCGGGCACUCGUACGGCGCGACGCUCGCCCUCCAGGCCCUCGCACGCGCCCCCUUCCCCGUCGCGGGUGGCAUCGUCCUCGACCCGGGCAAGUCGUCCGGCCCGCUGAACCCAAACGCCUCGGUCCCCAUCCUCGUCGUCCACUCGGACUCGUGGUCUCGCCAGCCCUCCCUCUUCUUCGGCCGCCCCCAUUUCGAUGUCGUGCGUCGGCUGGUCCGGGGCAUCCUGAACCGCACCGGCGCCGCCUGGUUCGUCACGGCCCUCGGCACCUCGCAUCCCAGUGUCUCGGACGCGCCGCUCAUCGAACCCCUGCUGCUGCGCUGGGCCACCGGUGCGAGCAUGGACGCGCGGGAGGCGCUGAAGGGGUACGUGGCCGUCUCCGUCGACUUCCUCCGCUUUCUACGCACCGGCAAGCCAGAGGGGUUGCUGGCAGAGCCGGUGACCCACGACACGUAUGCUUCGUGGGUGAGCGAGGAACGCAUGCAAUCCUUCCAACUCGCUCGUCUGUGGAAGAUACACGUCAGCUCAGCCUGA